GGAACAAAUAUGGCAAUGCCAGAAGUUCCUAAGUAUACACAUUUUGUUCUAAUUCUUUUACUAUACACUAUAUGUCAGGAAUCACUUGCCUCGUUCAAUCCCAUUGAUAAUUAUUUGGUCGCUUGUGGUUCAUCCCAUAAUAUCACAUUUCAUGGUCGAACUUUCACACCUGAUAUUGAAUUCGAACAUUCAAAUCUUCAAAUAAUAGCCAACAAAUCUUUGUCUGUUACCUCGAAACUCAACAAUACCCUUUCACCACUCUAUAACUCAGCUCGACUCUUCUUUGAAACGUCAUCAUAUACAUUCAAAAUUCAACAACAAGGGAGACAUUGGAUCCGUCUCUAUUUUCACCCUCUUCCUGAUUCCAACCCUAACACGACCUUUGCCACAAUAACAGUAACCGCUGAUAGUAUCGUGCUUCUCAAUAAUUUCAAUUUCACGAACUAUAAUAGCUCUCAUUUGAUGAAGGAGUAGUCAAUCAACAUUACAUCAGACAAGUUAUCACUUACUUUCGUCCCUCAAAACAAUUCACUCGGCUUUAUUAAUGCCAUCGAAGUUAUCUCUAUACCAGAUGACCUCUUCCCUGACCAAAUAGUAGUAACUCUAAAUCCAUCAGGCUUUUUUGAACAUUUCUCAAAAUCUAUCGUUGAAACGGUGUCCAGAGUCAGUAUUGGUGGUGCAUCUUUGAGUGACAACCUUGGAAGGACUUGGGAGAAUGACGGAUAUUACUUCUACCACCCCAUAAACAGCUCCACUAGUUCUGAUCUUGUUGUUUCUACUAACCCUGCUACAAUAAAGUACUCUAUUUUUGGUCCACCAUUGGUUUAUGCUACAGCCAGAACCUUCAAAAUUGCAUCACAGUCACAGCGAUCCGAUUUAAGUUGGCACUUCAUUGUAGAUCCGAACUUCAUGUAUUUUGUUCGGGUUCAUUUCUGUGACAUCAUUAGCAAUUCACUAAACAACAAUAUGGCUUUCAAUUUAUUUAUAAAUGAAGCAUUUGCUGUUAGAAAUCUCACUCUUUCAUCAAAAGCCAAGGGACAUGCUGUGCCAUAUUACUACGACUUCAUCUCGCACGCCUCAGGAAACACUAUGAAAGUGAGUGUGAGUAUUAAUCAUGAUGCAAUGAAUGAAACGUUAAAUGCAAUCAUGAAUGGUGUUGAGAUAUUGAAGAUUAGCAACAACGUAAGUGGCUUGAAUGAGUUUUCUUCUUUUCAAAGUCUUCCUUCUAGUGUUCCGCAUUCACCAAAAAUAAGUUUGCAAAGAAGUAGAAAACUAGGGAUUUGGUUGAUCAUCAUUUUAACCGGUUGCAGUGUGUGUGUUUUGGCAUUUUUAGUAUUUGGUGGACUAUCAUUUUAUUACUUGAAAGCUUGCAGGAGGAAGAAGAAAUCGGUAACUAAUUUUGAGCUUCCGAGACAUUUUACUUUACUUGAGAUGCAACAAGCAACAAAUUGUUUUGACGCUGAGCUAAUAAUUGGAAAAGGAGGAUUUGGAAAAGUGUAUAAAGGAACGCUUGAAAAUGGAGAAGUAGUAGCUAUCAAAGUAGCAAAUCCUGAAUCUAGACAAGGUCUCGAUGAAUUCCACAACGAGAUUGAGUUGUUGUCUGGUCUUAGUCAUUCAAACCUUGUCUCACUUGUAGGUUGUUGUAACGAAGACUCAGAACUGAUUCUUGUGUACAAUUACAUGGCAAAUGGAUCUCUCAGCAGUCAUCUAUAUGGGAGAGACUUUGUUCCUCUAUCUUGGAAGCAACGCCUAAUGAUAUGCUUAGGGGCUGCAAAGGGACUUUUAUAUCUUCACACUGGAGCUAAAGAAAGCAUAAUUCACCGUGACAUAAAGACAACAAACAUUCUCUUGGACGAAAAUCUUGUACCAAAAGUUGCUGAUUUUGGCAUAUCGAAAAAGGGUCCUAUUCUUGAUAAGAGUCACGUUACAACUAAUGUAAAGGGUAGUUUUGGCUACGUUGAUCCAGAAUAUUUUAGGACUAAGUUUCUAACUAAGAAAUCAGAUGUUUUCUCUUUUGGAGUGGUGUUGAUUGAAGUUAUAUGUGGAAAACCUGCUUUAGAUGAUGCCCUUCCAACGCAACAGAUGAAUUUGGCAAUGUGGGCAUUAAGUUGCGAUAAAAAGGGUACCUUUCAUGAAAUGAUGGACCCAUAUUUGAUUGGCAAAGUGAAUAUGGAUUCUCUAAACAAGGUUUUAGAGUUGGCAUGGAAGUGCUUGGAGGAGCGUCGGGAGAACAGACCACCGAUGGGGUAUGUAUUAUGUCAACUAGAAGAGGCUCUCCAUCUUGAGUUGGCAUCACAUGUUUCGAAUGAGAAUGAGGAUUCUUCUAUUCACUCCAGUGUAGGAAGUGGAUUUACGGAUGAAAUUGAAGAUGUUGUUAACCAUAGCCUCCUAAUUCAACAACUCAUUUGUUAAAGUUGGUCAUUUUAGUGGUAUCAUAAUUGUAUUUAUUGAAAA